AUGCUAUUUCUCGACUUAGGUGGAUACAAAGGAGACUUCGCGGUUCUCUUCCGGUUACUUCUUCCGAAAGAAAGCAAGCUAGUUUACAAUCUGAAGGAUAAACAACUGAUCAAUGUGUUUAGUCAAAUUUUCAUAACGGACAAGGAGGAAAUGUCGGAGGAUCUUGAAACAGCGGAAGAUGCUGCGACUACAAUAGGCAAAUUUUUUGAAAAUAGCGAUACGGUUAAACCGGCGUCAAAAAGCACUUUGACUUUAAAAGAAGGUGCACUUACAGCCACGGAAAAACCGAGUUCGGACUGCAAAAUAUUAGUGCAUUGGUACACGUUUUCGGUGGAUGACUAUUUGCACAAAUUGGCCUCUCUGUCAAAAGAUCCGGACAGAGUGCGACUACUUACUUUGGUCACAAAACGAUGCACUGUCCGAGAUCUGAUUAGUUUUGUUCGCCUGAUACGACAGGAUCUCCGUAUCAACGCCGGGAACAAACAAAUCUUGGAUGGACUUCAUCCUCAAGCGUACACCGCGUAUCAAGCAUCCCGUGAUUUGGAUGCAGUUAUCAAAAAAGUGUUGGGCACAUCGACCACGCACAGUAGUCCUACGGGAUCUCCCACAAAAGGGUUGAAACAGACCGUUUUGUCCAGUGUGGUUUCCACCGGGAUUAGUUUGAUGAAACCGAUCAAACCUAUGCUAGCCGAGGCGUGUAAGUCGGCUACCCAAGCAUUGGCCAAAGCGAAGCCGAGCGGGAAACUUCUGGCCGAGAUCAAAUAUGACGGGGAGCGAAUUCAAGUGCACAAAGAAGGCGCCAAAUUUUCCUUUUAUUCACGAAGUCUCAAACCGGCGGCCAGUAAUAAGCGCACCGCAUUCCAAGAUGCUACGGUUUGUAUUUUCGCCUUCGAUUGCAUGUACCUGAACGGACAAAGUUUGACGGACAACUUAGCACUGGUCUCCUGGGCUACCACUUGUUCAAAAGAUUACAACAUUGACCACAUUUUACAAUGUGCUGGUGGAGCAUUUGAUUAG